GACGGUGUAGGUUGCGCAUUUGCCAAAUGAGCAAAUCAACAUAUAUGGAGAGCAUGAAAUUCUUCCUCGAUUGUUCCUUGCUCCAUUCCACCGAGGACAGCAGCUGGUAAAAGUAUACAGAAUUCUACUCUCAGAUUCAGUCGUGCUUCUUGUCAUAGUUAUGACUAUAUGGGCAUUGUCUACCGCCAUGGUGAGCACACGCAUGGCCCAACCCUUGAAAACAGACCGGGUGGUUGGGAUUGACAGACCAUAUGUAGAUAUGGGAACUUGUAAUUCACCAAAGGAAUUCGGAGUCGUGGAACGGUCAGCUGGUAUGGAAAUGCAACGACAACUUCUUUCUAGAUCACAUCAAACCCUCCGUGUUGCGAACCCACCGAGCUUGUUAUGA